AUGGUCAACAUUACAAUCAAAUUACAAUACCAACGAGAAUUAGCAGCCAACAAUUAAAGUGUCAAUAAUUAAAUCUUAUUUUCAUAAUAAAGCGAAGUGAUAUGCAUAUAUCACUUACACCAUUCAUAUAGUUAGUAAUUAAUACGUCCACUAAUUGACCCCAAUUGUCAACCAUAUAUUUAGUGUAACAGACAUGCAAGCACAACCAGAACUCCUCAUUGACUUUAGUCAGUUGAAUAAUAGCAUGUCUCUGAUGAAGCAGUUGUCCACUAAACGCACCUCACAACACUCAACUCCCCGGACGACUUUCUCCUCCAGAUUUACUCAUGCAAGCGACCAAUUAAGAAGCUCCGCUGCCCAUUUUGCAGAUAGCAGUUGCAGCGUUAAAGAAGACACGAAGAACGACAGCUCGUCCGGAAAUCGUGUCAAUACUGAAAGUGGUGAUGAUGAUGAAAAUGCGGGUGGUGAAAGUUGUCCUGAAAAUAGACCCGUGUCUGCUUUAAGAGAGAAUCCCAUCAUUAUUGCUACCAUCCGGAAAUUGAUGGAAUUACAGGAAACCGAGGCAAUUCAGAGGCUAAUUUGCAGGGCAGAUCCUUCGCAACGUGUCCCAAAAUACGGACAUUUAAAUGGGGAUUGUUGCUUUGCUGGUGAAAGUCGUCGUCGUGACGCGAUGAGUGAUGAUGACACCGGAUGCCACCAGAGAGAAUUAUUCACAGAUAUCGGACCAUUUCUAUCAUGUCCUGUCAAACACAGUAAAAGUUGUGACUUUCAAGAAAUGCCAGAUUUGCAUGAAUACACUUCGUUGAGAAAUGGUGAAUUGCAUGAGUGGGGUGAGGAGGGCUAUCCCUUGAUUAACAUGAACCUCCUACGACCAACGAGUAGUCGACCUCCCACUAGAAGAAAUAACGUCCCUCCAGAACGCGUAAAGUGUCGCGGAUGUCCACAAACUUCAAUAUUUCUUCCCGAUCCAGAUCUUUGGCAUCAGGAUUACAAGUAUCAAAUUACAUAUGGAAGAAUUUCAACAGGGCAAAAGAAAAAACUGAGUGAGAAAAUUGUAAGUUGGCUUGGAUCUGACGAUUACAAGGACAAACUUGCGUGGUUGAGAAAUCGCUCCAAUUCCGUGUAUAAGUUCCAAGAAAAUCAUCACAUUAUGAAUCAACGUCCCCUUUCAAACGGACUUAUCGGUAUCAAUCCCGAUUCUUCACGACGGCCCCGACCUUUCAAUGACCUCGAAGGUACUCCAAGUCCACCAGUACAUCAUGCGUACGGUCCUUCUGCAAUUGCAUCUCUGGAUGGACUAAAUUAUCGAAGAAAUGUAAAUGCUCCCGUCAAAGAAAUAUUUUCUCACGCACCACAACAAUUCAUGAAAGGCGAAGAUGUCAUCGUCCUGGAUGAUAUUCCUUGGCCGAAGGAUAAUCUUCGCUACUAUGACGAGGACACGGACCCACGAAUAACAGAGCUACUGGCGAAAACACCCUUCUUCCGCCCAAAGGACGAAACUCGGAAACAAUCAAGGCCAAAACCUUUACAAUCACAAGGAGGAGGAUCAUCUCGUAGAUCGUUGAAAGCACCACUACCUCAGUUUGCAAAGCCAUCCAUCACCAUUAACAAAAUACUUAGUCCGAUCGAGUAUGUUGUCGGUUCUGGUCGAUUAGGCAAGAAAGGCUGUGAUGAAAGUAGUAUUAAUCAGGCUAUGCAGCUGUCAAACACCGGAAACAAAGAGCAAUUCCCAGUUUCGAUUAACCACCAUCGGGAAAUAUGUGACACAGUUAAGAAAUCGAUAAUGAUGAUGGAACCAGUUCAGAAUUCAGAGGGAGGAACUGGUGAUGAUGGGCAUGUAGUAACGGGUGAAAGUGGGAGAAAGCAGGGUGCUGUUAAAUCAGACAAGCCGAAAUCAAUGCAACCCAACAUUACAAGUACCACUAACAAGUUAAGCAAAAAAUGCUAAUCAUGCUUCAACAACUGCACGUACUACAAUUGUGGUGGCACCACCAAAGAAAUUGCAGGUGGUAAAACGUAGUAAGAAAAACCCAAAAAAAGCUGUUCGUCGCUUCCCACAAAGCAUAGCUACCGUACCACUCAGAAUUCCCAUCUCAAAGGACAAGGUUACUAUUUUAGAUGAUAACAGCCUCUUCCAAUUGACCAACUAAUAAGUAACAUAAACUAACCUAGAACCUCAGAUUUGUUCUAAUAUUCUAUUGUGUAAUUUUUGUACCAAAAUUGAGGAACAAAUGUAUUAUUCAAUUUUAACAA